AUGGUCAAUUAUGUCAUAUUCGGAGCCCAAGCAUGGAACUCGCUGGUCAAUCGAAACCUGCUGGCGAGUGGUCAAGCUCCGUCAAAAGACUCGAUGAACUUCUUCUACUACCAAGUCCAUCAAUGGCAUCAGGACUUGGAUCCUUCCGUACGUUUUGGCACCGCAAUGAUUGAAUCCGAUGAUCACAACUUUUUCACCUCUACAUCAGAUGAGGUCGAGGUAUAUCGCAAGACACUCCUGUACCUCCGCUCAAACCAGAUCCAGAUCCUCGUCCUCCGCCCCAUACUCAUAUAUCCUCAGACUGCUCGCAACAAUACUGCCAUGGUUAUGGAAGCUAUCACCCUGGCCAAAAAGUCUAUCCGGACGUUAAGACUUCUGUCGUCAGAGACCAAUUUGUAUAGAACAAGACAAGCACUCUUUAACCACUUCCUCUCAUCCGCAUUGGCAGUUCUCUUUCUGGCAGCAGCAUACGAUGCAGAAACCCGGGCAAAUAAAACUGCCCACCCGGAUAGCGCAGCCACAUUGUUGGGAGACACAACGAAUGAGCUUCAGCAAGGCCUCGAUCUGAUCGAUUGCCAUCGCUCUCAUUCGCAGUCCGCAGCCAGGUUGUGGACACGCUUCAACCGGCCAAGACAACAGCUGAUUCGACUGGAUAUCUUACAAAGUACUGCGGGGACAAGACAUCAAAGAGAUACGCAUCUCCACCACGGCCCAACAGGAGAAGAUCGACACGAAAUAUCGCAACAGGAGGACUAUUGUCCGGAUGGCACAUUUGCCGACGCAGGCACUGAGACAGGUGGAGAAAGAGAUCUGACCUCCCAUUUGGACGCUCCCGUUUCCGUUGGCUUUGACCCAGCAAAUUUCGAUCCCGAGAAUAGUUUACUCUGGCUGGAUUGGUUUGAUGGCGCGUUCAUGGAUUCCUCCGUUCCGUUUGGCAUGCCGGCAUGGAUGUAG